GGGGGAAGUAUGAAGAUGAUAGUUUCGAAAGGUUUUUAUUUCAUUCGCAACGCUUCACUGAACUUAAAAUGUGCGUCGUCAUCUGUUGAGCCCUGUCGGUGCACCAGCCUUACCAUGAGCUUCAACAUGCUCGCAUGUACAUCUCGAGAGAAGCGUGUUAGCGAUGAAGUGAGACAGAUAGUAGUAAAACAAAUCGUCCCUCAGUGAAUUCAGCGGGGCAGCAGUGCAGGGAGGUGUGCACUACACUGCGAGGGAGAGGGCGGGUAAGGUACGUCUGUACAGGAGCAGACGACACGCUGAGUAAUAGAUGAUCUUUCUGCCUCAAGGGAUAUUUCGAGACUUCUCGGUUCUGGAGUAUGUUGUGGACUGAAGAGAUGGACUGACUGACACACCAGCAGACGAUAUGGAGCGAAUAGUAACUACGUUUUCGGGGAUUCCUUGAAGAGUUCAGCUUGGUUGAAAAAGGAAGGGUGUAGUGUAUGUACUGGCGAUAUAGUGGGAAAGUUCACAGUUCAGUCCUGGCUGGAGUGUGUUGUCUUGAGGGAGACACGAACCAGUUGCGGGGGAGAGUUUGACAGUAAUACUCGAUUAUUCGGAUUAAUAGUACAUUGACGUUGUUUUGUAUAGUGCAGCUGUGUAGUCACAACAAGGUGAAACUAGCCCAGGUUCAGGUACAGCUCCGAGUCGGGACUACUCACACUUGGAGGGAAACAGGCAGGCGACAGCACUCGUAGUUACCUCACCUGGUAACAAGCAGACGACAAGCAUGGCUUACAUUAGACGUGUUUUCGAUGGAUUAAAGGGAUACCUUCUACCUUUGUGACAGCAAGCAAGGCGGACCCCUGGGGCGAUGUCGAUGUGGGUGGAGCGGAUGGGUCUGGGAGGGGUGGAGAACUUCAUUCGUUCUAUCUCCCAGGGCCUUGCUAACACUGUACUCGGCUACUUCACACAUUCCAAGGACUCGGAUGAGCCGGAUAUACAGGAACUGAUUGCUUCCAGUCUCCACGACCUGUAUGGUGAAGCUGCCCCCACGGCCAUCAGCCAGGCUGGGGCGUGUCUCGCCUCCCAGUACCGGGGCAACGUCACCCACUUCCUCGCCCACUUCUUCUACCCCUGCCUGGAGGUUCUGGACAGAAUCAAGAUCUGUCAGUUAAGCGCCACACGACAUGCCGAGGAUGAUUGGCCGCUUGGAUACAAGGGAGCAGUCAUUGUACACAUCUACAACACCUCUGACCAAGAACAACUUGCGGAGGGAGAAUUUCUUUUCUGUGUAUGUACGCAGAGUAGGGAUUGCCCGUGUUUGGUGUUAAGGUAUCAGGGUACUGAUGGUGUUCAUGAAUAUCUUGUAUUAGAAAGCGAAUACAGGGAGGUGUUCACAAUGGAUUGGGUACGCAAGAAGCCGCCAAAAACAGAAGAUCAAGAUUGGCCACGAGUGCUCCGGAACUGCCUGGCUAUCAUGGAGGAAAAGAUCCAACGCUUACGUUGGGAGGAAGUAGCUGGGGACAUGGAAACAGAGGAUUCUGGGAGUUGUGCAAGUGCUUCAAAGGAUUCAGACAUAUCUGGGAGUCAGGAAGCUAACCCAAGUUCAGACUCUGCUGUUGUUAAUGAUUUCUCAUCAGCAUCGGUGAAGGAUGGAGGCUCCAGUCAAAGUUGUAGUCGCCACAGUAGCAGUGGCAGUCUAAGCAGUAAUGGAUACCACACCAAGCGGGACUUAGACUGUCCCCGAGUUAUCAUGGAUCUCGACUAUGAUCUGCUUCGAUCAGGAGUAGCCAUUUUACCAGGUAGUCGGGAUGUAAGUGGUGGCGCUGUUGUCUUCAUCUUCACCGGGAGCAUGAUCUGGCAUAAUAGACAAGUCCUGAGUGUGGAACUGGCUAAACUUCUCAUGUACUAUCACUCUGUGCCCAGGCCUGAUGCUGUCCGCCAUGGUAUGACCCUUGUAGCAGACAUCCGUGGCUCCACCUCCUCCAUAAUCAACACUCUGCUAGAAUCACUGUAUAUUUUUCAAGACAACAUUCCAGAUGGCAUGGCUGUAGUCCAUCUAAUGGCUGACAGGUCUACACAGUCACUCGUCUUCAAGUCACCUGUCUACGACCCUCAUGCCGGCUUAAAGCUUGAUCUCAUUCUGUCACAAGAUUUGAUUCAUCGUUUCGUUGCCCUUAACCAGCUUCCAUUUGCCCUCGAUGGAAACUUUAACUACAGCCACGACGAGUGGGUCCGAUUCAGAAUGAAAUUAGAACCAUUUCUGGCAGAUUGCCGUGAGGUGGCCAAGUAUCUAGUCCAAGUAAUGCAGGACCUCUCGUCAUUGGAGAAACUGCCACGCACCACACAUGAAACUAGUCAGUUGAUUGAGCAGCACGAACACCUGGUGAAGAAGGCCUUCGAUGAUCCCCGGCUUGUGGUCCUCCAGCAUGAUGGCGAGACCACCAUGAGCUCUCUCCGCCGCAACGCGUCCUUGUCUGCUCACUCAGAUGAUUACAAAUGUGCAAUGGAGACCAUCAACACCCUGUUCCGCCAACUGCAGGACACCAUGAUGAAACUAGUCAAGAUGGCCGAGACAAGACUCAACAAGCUGGAGCAGUGUCUGCAACUCCGCGAGUUUGAGGAAGAGUGCACCAAGUUGAUCUCGUGGACCAGUAAUGAUGGCAGUAAUAACAUACAGAGGCAUGCCUGCACAGCAGACAACCUGAAGGCAGCCCGGAUACAGCAGAAAGACUUCGAGAAGUUCUAUUUCUCUGCCAUGAAACACAUCGAGAAAGGCAAUGACAUGUUGGAGGAAGCUAGCAUGUUAACACAGACAGGUAACGAGGUGACAGGUUACAAAGAUCUGGCUCGGAUGCUGAAGAAGCACUUGCAGCAGUUCACCAGUCAGCUGGAGGCCACACGGGAACGGAUUGAGGGAACUGCACAGUGCUAUCACCUACUUGAUAAGAGUUAUGAGUGGGCCCUUGAGGCUAUGAAGUACGUCGCCAGCAUGAGGAUGGAACACUGUGCAAGUCCUGAUGGUCUGGACAAGCUGCUGAAGUCUCUGGAUGCCUAUCUGAAGGAACAUCCACCUCUCACAGAAGAUGCCUUCCUGCAGAUGAUCAACACAGCUCAGAAGCUGCACAAUGACAAGCUACUGGAACAGUGCCGAGUAGCAAAAGCUCGGUGUGAGGAGACAUACCAGUUGUUACUUCUACGUCAGAACACUCUUAAACGUGCCAAGGACCAACUAGUGAUAGAACAGGCUGUGAAAAGCUCAUCACCAAAAUCUGUGCUGAAACAGCUGGAGGACAAUUCCCCUGUAUGGGAGCCACAAACGACAAGCACACCUUAUCGGAGUUCUGCGCCCAGUCAUCGGGUGCAUGUGCUAGAUAGACGGUCAGAAUCUUCCAAUGGUUGUAAUGUGUCCCUGUCUUCAUCAAGGAAUAGAACAUUAGACUCUGAUAGUGAAUCCAGAGACAAGAGUGUUCAUAGUGCCAGAAAUAGUGAGACUAGUGCCAGUCUACCCGUGUCUCCCACGUCUGACCACAGCAGUUCAGACAGUGGAAGUGUAUCUGACUCCAAACUGCUGCUGUGCCGAACAAUCUCCCAACCCCUCCAGGGGCCAGGCUCCACCUUCAGCUCACACAAUCGUCCAAUCAAGAAGAUGCUGAAGCGUGCAAGCACUGCCCCAAAUAUCCCUCCUCCAAUCAACUCCACAAUUUACGAAGAUGCAGAGCACAACGCAAUCCGAGACCGACGGUCUGGCAAAUCAAUCAGCAUGAUCACCGGCAGCUCUGAAAGUCUACCCAGUAUGCCUGAAGAAGAUGAGGAUGACCUUGACGUAGGUCAGGGUGUUGAGCUAGGCAGCAUGCGGAAGGAGUGGACCCCCAUCCCUGUCAACACCCACCUUCUGCGGCAGACUCGAGGAACACCAACAGGGUCCAUGGCUGAUCUGAGACUCUCUGAGGCUGAGAUGAAGAACAGAAGGACCCUGUCUCUGAUCACAAGUGAAAUGAUACAGACGGAACGAGAUUAUGUGAGAGCGCUGCAGUUCAUCAUCGACAACUACAUCCCAGAGCUGGACCGAGAAGACGUUCCACAGGCACUGCGAGGGAAGAGGAAUGUCAUUUUCGGGAACAUUGAGAAUAUCUACCAGUUCCAUAAUCAGCAUUUCCUUCGCGAAGUGGAGACGUGUGAGACGAACCCCUUCCUGAUUGGGCAGUAUUUCCUGCGGCAUGAGACCCAGUUUUACCUGUAUGCACUGUACAACAAGAACAAGCCCAAGUCGGACAGCCUGAUGGGAGAGUAUGGCAAAUACUUCUUCAGGCAGAAGCAGAUGCAUCUGGGAGACAAGAUGGACUUGGCUAGCUACCUGCUGAAGCCGGUACAGAGGAUGGGCAAAUAUGCUCUGUUACUCAAGCAGAUCCUCAAAGUCUGCCCUGAGACGGAACUGGAAUACCCGGACCUGAAGGCUGCUGAGGAAAUGGUGAAGUUCCAGCUUCGCCAUGGCAACGACCUACUUGCUAUGGAUUCACUACGAGAAUGUGAUGUGAAUCUCCAGGAGCAAGGGAGGCUACUCCGUCAGGAUGAGUUCCUGGUGUGGCAGGGUAGGAAGAAGUCACUGCGUCGUGUGUUUCUGUUCGAGGACCUCAUUCUGUUCAGCAAGACAAAGCGGGGUCGACAGGGCCACCAUGACAUCUAUGUCUACAAAUACAGCUUUAAGACCUCAGACCUUGGUUUGACAGAGAACUAUGGAGACAGUGGGUACAAAUUUGAAAUCUGGUUCCGGCGGCGGUCUCUGGGAGAGAACUACAUCCUGCAGGCCCAGAGCUCCGAUGUGAAGCGGGCGUGGGUCCGUGACAUAUCUAAGAUGCUGUGGAAACAGGCUAUCAAGAACAGAGAGGUGCGUCUUACAGAAAUGGCCACAAUGGGGGUUGGCAGUAAGCCGUGCCUUGAUCUCAAACCCAGCGCUGACAACAUACAGGAUCGCUUCAUCAAUGUGGCUCUCGGCUCCAGGGGAUCUCGAACACGGAACUCGAUAGCUGUAUCAUCGUUCGAGCACCUGCGUAACGGCAACAAGCGCCCCCACUCCAUCAUCUCUGUCAGCAGCACCUCCUCCUCCAACUCCAGCCACUCCAGUUUCGGUCUGUUCGGGUCACUCAACCUUGCCUUCGACCCUCUCGACAGUCCCCGCUAUCAGAGGAGAUCUGUCACCUUCCUGUCAAAUGAGAGCGGUAUCGGUACAGACAUUUCUAGUGGAGAGGCAGACCCUGGGGGAGGAGGGGGUACUGAGGGGGGAAAGCCAGGUCCAGAGGAUCUCACUCCAGUGUCCUCAGCAAGGUCCUAUAUUGACUACAUGAAAUCCAGGGUGUUCAAGCAGAAUUAUGAAACUGUUGUUACAGAUGUAUGACACUGUGACAUCAGUAAGAUCUUGGUGCUUUCAAAUUAACACCUCCCACCCUUUAGUGGACUCUUCCACACAAGACAAGGAAGGGUCCAAGGUGCGAAGAAAUGGGUAAAGAGGAAGAAAAAACAGACCAAAGACAGAAAGGGUUGAUCCCGUUACAGCUUUGCAUGUUGUGUUGGACUUACAGAUGUGAUCAAAGUGCUGUGCAAUGCAACUUCUUGUCACAGCCUGAAGAUUCACUCCCACUUAUAUAUUAUGUAACUUAAAACUCACUGUAAUAAUUUUAACCAGUGUAUCAAUAUAAAUAUUUACAUUAUGUGGAGUGUCGAGCAGUAACAUACUAGUGUAGGCAUGUUUCUAAAAGGAGCUCUCUUCUCUGACAAAAUAGUAUUGAAUCAAACAAGGUAUGGAGACCUGUAUGGGCCUGUGUAGACAAGCAUGUAUGUAUAUGUGUGUAGGUCAAGUGGUCAGUUGGUGGGUCUCCAUAAACAACACACACUCAUCUUGAUGCUUCUGGGUCCCGAUCCACAAAGCUUUCGUAGCUACGACCUAUCGUAACUGAUACUUUAUCCUAGGUUUAUGAAUGUUGUAGCAGUACAACACUUCGUGGAUCAGGCCCCUGGUAAAAUUGGUGUUUCUUAUUUUGCCAAAGAGUUUGAGGAAACCAAUAAGCCAGUUCUUUUAAAGUGAAGCAAUUUUUAGACUUUAAUGAGUAGGUAUGGACAAGUGUGUGCUGGUAAUACCAAGAGAGGGGAAAGCAAAAAGCUUUAUUAUAUGUGAACAUAGCCUACCAAAACAUGUCGCAAAGUGGCAUCAAAAUGGCUGCAAGCUGCAGUGUUCAGAUUGAGAACUUACGGCUUGUCUUGUUGUAGUCAGGUCAUGUGACAGUGACUACUGACUGGCUGAAGAUCAAAUGUCCUUGGUGAUGAACUGUAUGUUUUGUACAUCUGUGUAGAUCAUUAUGGCAUUCUGAAAUGUAUGUCAAUUCUUCCGUCAUUUUAUAUUUGGUCUUCUAUGACAGAUCUUUGUGUAUCAUAGUGACAUUAUUGUACAGUCAAUGCAAACUAUAUAUCAUAUACGUAUCGUUUGUGACGCUGAUGCAAUAUCUCGUUAAUAUUUAAGAGAGAAAAAACACUGACAUCCUGUGUAUAUUUUGCCCAGUGUAUAUGUGAGCCAUGUUUUGGGGCACCCUUGCUACCUCAAUAUAUAGUUGCAUUUUCCUGUAAAUGUGUACCAGCAAUAUGUGUGGUUGGAUAGCCUUUUGUUUGUGCUUUUGUUUAUUUCUUCUUGUUUGGUUGGUCCAUUUCUUCUUUCUUUCAAUUAAUUACAAGAUUUUAUGGUUCGCUUUGGUCUCCAUUUUGUACUUUCACUGUAGCUUUUCACAUUAACAUAUAAUUUAUCUAUUGAACUCUUUAAAAUAAUAUCUCUGUUGGAAUUGUAUAAUUGUAGAGCCAUUUCUGUUUUCCUCUGAGUGCUCUAAUCUUAUGUUUAAGCCGAUACUAGUGGAACCACACAAAUUUGAUUGGAAAACAAUGUAUUUAGCGAUAGUCAGAAUCUAUGGAGCUUUGAUUUAUACAAAUUCAACAUCUGGUAUUCUCACUGUACACAGUCCUUCUAUGUCGUCAUAGAGCUGAUAUGUGGUAAAACGUGUGUGUUCUUAGGCCAACAAAGAGCAUUUUGCAUCAGAAGCUUAUUUUCAAAAGGACCAAGAUACCAGGCUUUGGUUUUGUUUCUUAUGGGCAGAACCCUUGUUGGCCUAGUUUAGGCAAGGGGAGUGCCUCUUCUUAUAGAAUGGGGACAAUGUUGACAUUCAUUUUUAACUGGGAAAAAUAAGAUUGUUCACUAAAUAUUUUGCCUGGCUUUUUCUUUGAUGACUCAUGAUGAACAUUUAUUUUUAAAACUUGUCAUGGCCUUAUACAAGGAAUCAAACAUUUGUUUCAAUUUAUAUGACAAGCUCUUGUUUUGAGCUGCUUUUGUGCUUAGGGAAGUGUCAAAAGUGGUGCAGAAACGCAAGGUAUGUUCAUAUGGGAAUUUCAAGAGGGGUUCUUAAUGUCUGCAAAAAGUUCAUACUUUGAAUCAAUGAAUGAUAGAAAUUAUUAGCACACUUUUGACAAAACCUAUUGUUUAUAAUGAGCUUCCAGUGUGUUUUGUGGCAUUUGUUUAAACCAAGGUGCCUUC